UACUGGCUGAUUGUAUUCCACUGCAAAACUCAAGUGGUCUUGUUGGAGCAAACAGAUACUAGAGUGAAAACCCAUCAAUGGAAAUCGGAAAGGAAGAGGAAGAUUUGUACGGAACUGCCGAAUCCGGCUCCGAAUACAGUUCCGACGAUUCAGGCAAUGACCCGAUUUACAGCAUUCUCGAAGAAACCCAUUCCAAGCUUUCAAAGCUCUCGAUUAAGAACAAGAAAGCGAAGGCCAGCAUUGUCGAAGCUAUUGAUCUCGCCGACGAGGCGGAAUCGGAUGGGAGAGAUCUUGUUUUGCCGGAACUUGAUGAAAUAGACGAGAAAAGUUUUGAGCAAGUCCAACGGAUAAUCAGAGCUGGCCAGAUUGAGAAGUUGAAAGUGGACCAAUGUAAGGUUUACCUGAGAAAGAAUGGAUUGAGACUGACAGGCAACAAAGGCACACUCAUUCAGCGGAUUAAGGAGCAUCUUGAGAUUUUGAAUGGCGGAGGGGAGAAGAUGUACCCUGUAUCUAGCUUUGAAUUGAAUUGUAAAGGUGAUGCUUGCACUGGCGAUGUAGUUCUGUUCGAGCAAAAUGUUUACGACAUGUUCAAUAUUGCAUCACGGAGUGCUAACGGCGGUCCUUGUGGCACAAGGAUUGUUGCAGGCCGUAUUGUGAAAGAAAGCUAUGGUGCGGCCAAGCAGCAACAUACAUUUACGGUGGAAGUGCUAUGGAGCAAAGGGGAGAAACCACUCCCUCCACUUCAUCCCCUCUUAAUCAAAGGUCGGAAUCUUUACAGACUGAAAACUUUGAGACAGAGAUGGGUAGAUGAAGGCGAUAGGCAGAAAAUUUUGACAGAAAAGCAUUUGAGAGGAUCUCUUGCUAGGUCUGGUAGAGAAGAGAGGAUCCAAGAGAAGGAAAAGAGAAAACUUCUCAAGGCUAGCAGGAUCUCAAGAAAGGAGGUUGACAUAAACCAGUCUCAUUCUGACUCAACGUCGGUACCAAAGCCCUUUCUUCGACCUCAAACUUUCGGCAUAUCGGUUAAUUCAGUAAACAAAGAAAAGCCAGCAAUUGGGCCUCAGCAGUUGGGAAUUUCCCAACCGGGUUUGGCCGCUACUUCCACAAGAAUGGCAACUCAACAUCAAGCUGAAGCUAAAAACUCAGGCUUAUGUGUUGAUUAUGAGAAAGUGACAGCUAAAUGGGGAUUGGAGAAGACAACGAUACAAGACAAGUAUAUCAACCAAGUCUCCCAGAACUUGGUUCGGUAUAGCAGCUCAAGUUGUAAUGACUGAGAAAAUUUUAGAC